AUGGGAAUUUGGUUCGCCAAACUUACGGGCCAUACAGUUGACGCUUCACGAUCAUUGAAGAACCCACACGUGGUAGCCUCAUACGCCCUGUUUUUUGGUUUCAUCGGGUUCAUUUUAUUGGUGUGGAUCAGUGCGUUUGUUUUGACCAUUGUGAGAAUUUGCAAAAAGUAUUCAAAUGCAAGGAAGCACGACGAAACGCAUCGUACGACAACAAUUGACCUCCAAGUCGUAAAGAAAGUUGUCGGAGACGUAAGAGGCUAUCAGAGCUACCAGCAGGCAGAUAUUGAAAGCGUGGAAUUGUUAGGGGUGUCGAGCGAAACACCAGCCAAGCUUGGAAUCCAGUUAACUGGUGGGCCUAACGUUACCAGAAAUGGCGAACCAGGAAUAUUUGUAGAGAAUGUUAAGUGGGGCAGUGUCGCUGAAGGAAAACUGUUCCCUGGAGACAAGAUAAUAGCGAUCAACGAUGUUUACCUGGGAAAAGUAUCUGUAAAGUACGCAAUGGAAGCGAUGCAUGCUAUGAAGCGAGCAGAGGGUCAUUUGACAAUCUCAGUCAAGAGAGCCCAACUUAGAGAGCAAAGGGUCAACGAAGCAUUUUCAAUGUACUGCGACGAUGAAGAUAGAGAAAAGCCAUUUGUAUUCAAUAAGGAACAGGUGGAAGUCUUCGAAGAAGCGUUCUCUAUGUUUGACGCGAAUGGUUCUGGUGUGAUUCAUUGUAAACACUUUUUUCCGCUACUCCGAGACUUAGGCUACAACGUUCACAAAGAACAAGCUUGGUACUACAUGAAUAAAUUGGAAUUAUCAGACAAGCGAAUGAUAACCCUGCAUGAAGUGAUACAGUUACUGGAAGAAGUCACAGCAGAGCAGAAGGAGUUAAAUGAAGUGCAUUCUGUUUACAGCGUGUUCGACCCGGAACAGAAGGGUCGUGUGGCUCUCUGUGAAAUACAUGAUGCUCUGAGCACAUUGUACGGGCAAAAAAUUACCGAGGAAGAAGUAACGGGAAUACUUACUUUUGCAGACGAAGAGAAUACCGGUUUUUGUAGAGAACAAGAUUUUGAAAGGCUGCUUCUACCUUCACUAAAACUUUAUUAGAAUCUCUGAAGAUUUUUAAAAGAAGAAGAAGUGGGUCGAGCCAUUCUUGCGCAGACGCGAACACAAGGGCGAGACUGGCUUUGGGAUCAAUUUCCCGCCUCUCUCUUACAGCAAGGAAAAGAAUGAACUACAUACGUUGUAAACUAUGCUUCGAUGGACCCAUGAUAAAAUAACGUUGAAACAGUAGCUAUUAGAAGCUUCUUACCAGCUAAACAAAUCCGAUUUUAUGAAGUGUGCGUUCUUUGAAAUUCUUGAAA